CUUUGUCAUCGUCGGUUAUUUGAUUGCAACACCUCGUCUCUGUGUAAUUAUCCCUCGCAUAUAAAGAGGCAGACAAGGAAGCCGUGACAUUGUGCCGAGAGCCAAUUCAGUGUCGUGCUCCUCCGCUUGUCAGGGCAGGUGUCUCCGCAAUCAUGUCUGCAGCCAGCACCGUCUCCUCGUACUCUGAGGAGGGCCAAACAUCCAAACUGCUCAGGAAGUCCAAAGAGGCUCCCUUUGUGCCAAUUGGUAUGGCGGGCUUCGCUGGGAUUGUGGCUUACGGUCUUUAUAGGCUGAAAUCCCGGAACACAAAGAUGUCUGUCCACCUGAUCCACAUGCGAGUGGCCGCACAAGGAUUUGUCGUUGGAGCGAUGACUCUGGGGGUGGCCUACUCCAUGUACAGAGAGUACUUUGUGAAGCCACGGGAGCAGGAGAAGUAGUGACGCCGACCACCGUGAUGCCUUUCUUCAGCACCGCAGUGCACGUGAAGUGCGUCUCAUGAGUUUUAUUAAGAGUUUUAUUUUAUUUUCCUACACUUAAACGUAUUUAUUAAUUAAUUAACGUUAGAGCGUGGCACACAUCCUCCGAAUGGGACCAGAAUGGCAGCAGCGCUUACCAGACUUGAAUACUUGACUUGGCAGCAGGAUGAGUGGCAGAGCUGAUCCUCAUACCCAGGAUGUAGCAGGAGAUGCUUUUAUUUUUAUUUUUAUUUUAUUAUUUUUUUAUUCUCAAACCUGUAAAAUAUUUAGAACUCUAAAUAUUGAAAGUCUGGACUGACCGCUCACAGUACCUUCUUACUGACCACAUAAACCCUCCAAGUUGA